CAUGUUUACUAGCAUGUUAGCCUGUUAGCGGCCAUUCUGAAUCAGACGGUUUCAGCGUGAUUCUCCCGGUGUUUCUGCCUCAGACCGUCAAACCAAAUAACCGGUAGACUGAGUGAAAACUAGGGGACGUUUCGGCGGGAAAACAUGAAGCGGAAACAAAAUGGCGGAAGGAGAAAAGCACCUAGGAGAGGGGCAGAGGAGGAGAGACAGUCAGAGGUGAGGGCGGCUGAUUACCCAGAAUGCAGUGAGGACGAACCCUUAGAGCUGCGGCUCAGUGAGUCAGAAGAGGAGGAGAUGACAGUGGAGGUUAAAGUGGAGGAUGAGGAAGAUGCUGGUAAAGGAUCCAGACAGGAAGCAGCCUCCAGUCCUCGGGCUGACAGAGCGUCGAAGAGGAAGACGUCUGGAAAACGAGCGAGCGCCAAGCUGAGCCCUGCGGCGGUCAAAGUGAAGAAGGAGUAUCAGUGUGACGAGUGCCUGAAGAGCUUUGACAGGCCAGGUCGUCUGCAGGCCCAUCAGAGGACGCACACCGGCGAGCGGCCGUUCAAGUGCUCAGACUGUGACAAACGCUUUCAGAGUAAGUACGUCCUGUCGGCUCACCUGAAGACGCACAGCGGCGAGCGCCCGUUCUGUUGUCACAAGUGUGGGAAGUGUUUCCGUAACAGGCAUGCCCUGGUGGAGCACUCACGGACGCACACAGGCGAGAGGCCUUUUAGCUGUCAGCACUGCAGUCUGAGCUUCUGCGCUAAGAGCCACCUGCAGCGCCACAUGCUGACACACACAGAUGAGCGCCGCCACCAGUGCGUGGAGUGUGGGAAGUGCUACAAGCGAAAGGAACACCUGGUCAGCCACAUGCGCGUGCACAGCGGCGAGCGUCCGUUCAGCUGCAGGAUCUGCGGAUGCUCCUACAGGGAGAAAGGACGCCUCCGGCUGCACCUGCGGACUCACUCCGGGGACAGUAAACGUCACGCCUGCUCGCUGUGCGGCCAGUGCCUGGUUUCGGCCAAUCAUCUGCAGAGGCACAUGCAGAUUCACAGCGGCGAGCAGCCGCACCGCUGCCCCGACUGCAGCAAACGAUUCAGCAGAAAGGACAAAAUGAGGGAGCACAUGAGGAUCCACACUGGGGAGAAACCGUACCAGUGCUCCAAGUGCUCGCAGAGCUUCAGGUGGAGGGCGGCGCUCAAUGUUCACUCCCACACUCAUACAGCAGAGGACGAGGGGCCCCAAUCGGACAAGAAGGAGGCUCUUACUAAGCAUUAAUCUGCACUGUAUCACAUAUCAGACACUGAUGGAAAGACCUCUAAAGGAAUCAGAUGUGCAGUGCACCAAAUGCCUUUAAGAAAACAUGAAAUGAAGAGACAGGUGCUGGUUUUAAUGAAAGAUAGACUGUCCAUGAGUGGGGAGGGUCAGCUGACUGAGCCUGAAACUACAGCUGCUCGAUUAGGUCAAAAAUCCUAAUCAGGAUUAUUUUGACUGAUAAAGAUUGUGAUUUUUAAAAACAUGAUAACUGAUUUUAUAACAUCUCCAUCUGUACAUGAAUUUCAAUGACUGAAUAAAUUGUUGUGAGCCUCAAGAGGCAGCCACAUCUGUGUACCACAUUCUGUUAGUUACUUAUCAUCGUUCCAGGUCUGCCGACACCAAUAGCUCACAAGUUUGGUGUUUCCUACUUUAUUUCAGACCCACAGGUCCAUAUCAGCAUACAUAAACAUGAAUCAUGUAAUACAGACUAGAAAUAAAAGUUCCAUUAAUAGACACAGGCUUUUAUUCUUCCUAUUAAGAGACUAAAUCAUUUAUUGUACCAGGAAAGCAGUAAACAUGUUUAAAACUGCUGUAAAUGUGGGACCUAUAGGCUGAUACGAGACUGCAGAUUUGAUCUUGUGCACUAGCUUCAUUUUUUACUGUCCCAAUUCCCCCCCAAAAUUGGGCGCUGUGUAAAAUGUUAAAACAAGAAUGCAAACAUUUGAGACUUUUUUCCCUUUUCAUGAAAAAAACUAGCUCAUUUUGAAUUUGAUGUCAGUAACACAUCUAAAAAAAAGUAGGGACAGGAUCAUGUUUGCUAUCUCUUUUUACAAGUCUGUAAAUGUCUGGGGAGAGAGGAGACCAGCUGUUCAAGUUUUGGGAGAGGCAUGUUGUCCCAUUCUUUUUUCUGAUUCGGGAAUCUAGCUGCUCAACAGUCCUGGGUCUUUGCUGGGGGAUUAAUAAUGCUUCAGAUUUUUUCUAUCAGUAAAAGGUCUGGACUGUUCAGGCCAGUUCAGUUCUAGGGGUGCACCGAUCGAUCGGCACCGAUUUCCUUAGUUUUGGGGGAUCGGCGAUCGGCUGGACUUACAUAUGAAACCGAUUUUAUCCACCGAUCUCAUCUACCUCUACCUAC